AUGCUGAGCCGAAAUGGCGAGCACAUAAACACGCACGGCAGCCGCAUCGUUGUGUUGCUGGACACAACCUCUGUGCUUGGAGAGCUGGGAUGGAAGACGUAUCCUAUAAACGGGUGGGAUGCCAUCACAGAAAUGGACGAGCACAAUCGACCGAUCCAUACUUUCCAGGUUUGCAACGUGAUGGAGCCAAACCAGAACAACUGGCUUCGCUCCAACUGGAUCUCUCGACAGGCGGCCCAAAAGAUCUACGUGGAGCUUCGCUUCACAUUGCGUGACUGCAACUCCAUCCCCUGGGUGUCUGGCACCUGCAAAGAGACCUUCAACCUCUUCUACCACGAGACAGAUGAGGCCCAUGGGGUCAAAUUUAAGCCGGCACAGUACACCAAGAUCGACACCAUCGCGGCCGAUGAGAGCUUCACGCAGAUGGACCUCGGAGAUCGCAUUCUCAAACUCAACACGGAGAUACGGGAGGUGGGACCCAUGACCAGGAAGGGCUUCUAUCUGGCGUUCCAGGAUAUCGGCGCCUGCAUUGCGUUGGUGUCAGUGAGGGUUUACUACAAGAAAUGUCCCUUCACCUUGAGGAACCUGGCCUCGUUUCCAGAUACUGUGCCUCGUGUGGACUCCUCAUCUUUAGUGGAGGUGAGAGGUGCAUGCAUUGAUCACGCAGAGGAGAGAGACACCCCCAAACUUUUCUGUGGAGCCGACGGAGACUGGCUGGUGCCCCUGGGAAGAUGCGUCUGCAGCAUCGGGUUUGAGGAGACCGAUGGCUCCUGUGUCGCGUGCCGCCCUGGGUUCUACAAGGCUUACGCGGGAAACAUCAAGUGUUCAAAGUGUCCCCCGCACAGUUUCAGCUAUGGACAAGGGGCCUCCAUCUGCCGCUGUGAGAAGGGCUUCUUCAGGGCUGAGAAAGACCCUCCAACAAUGGCGUGCACACGUCCUCCAUCUCCUCCCCGCAAUUUGAUGUUCAACAUGAACGACACCUGUCUGAUGUUGGAAUGGUCACCCCCGAGCGACACCGGGGGUCGCCGGGACCUCACGUACAACGUCCAGUGCAAACGCUGCGGUCCGGAGCCCAACCACUGCCAGCUCUGUGAGGAGGAGCUCCGCUUCCUGCCGCGGCCGCUGGGCCUGACCAACGCCACGGUCACCGUUACGGACUUCUCAGCGCACGCCAACUACACCUUUGAGAUCGAGUCUCUGAACGGCGUGUCAGACAUGAGCACCUUCCCUCGUCAGGUCGCCAUCAUCACCGUCAGCACUGAUCAGGGGGAACUGCAGAACUUUAAAGUGCCUUCUGUGGAUCCUAAGUCUGUGGAGCUUUUGUAG